UCCAUUGAGCACAAAUUGUUUGUUGCAUCACUGAAUAAGCAGGCAACUGCAAAGGAGAUUGAAGAGGUUUUUUCUCCUUUUGGUCAUGUGGAAGAUGUUUACAUUAUGAAAGAUGGCAUGAGGCGGAGCCGAGGUUGUGGCUUUGUAGAAUUCUCAUCAAAAGAAGCUGCACUUGCAGCCAUGAAUUCUCUUGGUGGGACUUACAUAAUGAAGGGGUGCGAACAACCAUUAACAGUUCAAUUUGCUGAUCCUAAGCGGCCUAGACCUGGAGAAUCAAGGGGUGGCCCUGCAUUUGGUGGUCCUGGUGUCAGUCCUCCAUCUGAUGUACUUGUUAUCAGGCCGACUGCCAAUCUUGAUAAGCCAGGAGGUCGACAUAUGCCUCCCGACACUUGGCACCCUGCAAGCCUAAGCUCAGUGGCACCUCAUCAGUUUAACUACUUCAGCAAUCCUAUGGGCCUAAUGGCUGGCACUGUUAUAGCAGCAGCAUAUAAUGGUGCUUUUCGACCUCAGAUGUUUCCUGGGAAUGGUCAGACAGCUGUGCCGAUGUCAUCUCAUAUGGGCAUAAAUCCUUAUUCGCUACAAGCGCAUCAUCUAGGGUGGCAGCAGAUCCCGGCCUUGCAAAAGCCACCUGGGCCACCGCAUAAUUUCCCUGUACAAAUGCAGAAUCAGCAGGGGCAGCAUUCCUUGGGGCCUGGCGCUCUACAGGCGCUUUUGGCUGUACACUCCAAUCCCAUGCAACCUGUUCCUGGACAACAGCAACUUCCGUCCAAUAUGACACCACAAAUGCUGCAACAACCCAUCCAGCAGAUGCCAUCACAAGCACUGCAAUUGCUACUCCAGCAGCAAUCAGCUUUGCAGUCCAAUUAUCAGUCUUCACAGCAGCCGAUUUUUCAGCUUCAGCAUAAGCUUGGCGUGCAAGAGGGAAAGCUUGACACGAGAGCAAAACAGUUUGGUGAGCAAGAGGGCAAGAUUGACAUGAGAGCAAAACAGCUUGGCGAGCAAGAGGGCAAGCUUGACGCAAGAGCAAAAAAGCUUGGCGAGCAAGAGGGCAAGCUUGACGCUAGAGAAAAACAGCUUUCUGAGCAAGAGUGCGAGCUUGACGCAAGAGCGAAACAGGUUGUGGAGCAAAAGUGCAAGGUUGAUGCGAGACCAAAACAGCUUGGCGAGGAAGAGGGCGACAUGCAAGCAAUGGAGUCGCUCAUGAAGGCAUUGGUUACAAAGGAAAGAGAAAGUAAUGACGAGCUGCAAAGUACUCGGAAGAUGCUCAUAGAGGCUUUCCAGAAAUUGACAAAUGGUCGGUCACAUAUAGGUGUCAAAAGAAUGGGCGAACUUGACCCUAAAACGUUUGCGAAUGCUUGCAGAUCAAAUGUACCACAUGAGGAUGCCCAAUUUAACUCUGCUAUUCUUUGUUCAAAAUGGCAAGCGGAAAUUGCAAACUCAGAGUGGCAUCCUUUUAGGAUAGUCACAGUUGAUGGUAAACUGAAGGAAAUUCUCUUGGAGGACGAUAAGAAGCUCCGCGAAUUGAAAGAAGAGCAAGGUGAGGAGAUCUACGGCUUGGUGACAAAGGCUCUGCGUGAAAUCAACGAGUACAACCCCAGCGGACGCUACAUCGAAACGGUGCUGUGGAAUUAUAAGGAAGAUCGAAAAGCGACGCUGCAGGAAGCCAUCCAGUUCGUCCUCAAACAGUGGCAGUCACACAAGAGAAAGCGCUGAUCUGCAGGCUGGGGCGCCCUUAUUUUGCUUUCACAAAACCUGUAUGUAGUCUAACUCAACUUGAUGCAACCAUAGCUGGUCCCAGUGGAUUAGCUGAGAGGUCUGUAGUUGCUCCCUGGUUCCUGAUGAUCAUGGAACUAGAUUGAUCGAAUUUUGUUUUCUACUAUCUGGAUAGAGUUUAGCUAGAUGCUCCUGUUGUAUAGCCUUGGCAUUUAUGGAUGCUGCUACA